AUGUCCCUUCACUUGCAACCUAGGAUCUUACUGAUAGAUUCUUACGACUCCUUCACUCACAAUCUUGUCUCUCUUUGUCGACAAGCCAUACCUGACAGCGAAGUUCAUAUAAUCAAGAACGACGUUGUAUCCAUAGCGGAUCUCGUUACCCUCCUGCCGUAUUUUUCGGCAGUCGUCGUUGGCCCUGGUCCAGGCUCUCCAAAAAAUCCUGAAGACAUCGGAGUCGUCAAGUAUAUAUGGAGCGUUGCUGAUGAACAUCUCAUCCCUGUUUUCGGUGUCUGUCUUGGCUUGCAGAGCCUUGCAGUGGAAUUCGGCGCGAAAUUGAGACGGCUGCGCGUAGUAAAACAUGGCCAGAUAUCGCGGAUUUUACAUGGCGGUUUGGAAAUUUUCAAAGGUGUCGGGACUGUUGCCGCCGUGCGCUACCAUUCUCUACACGUCGAGCUUCAAGGAAACGAGGAGGUAGAACCUCUAGCAUGGGCAGACGAUGGCGAAGAGAACGGCCGUGUAGUGAUGGCCGUCAAGCAUAGGACAAGGCCAUUUUGGGCAGUGCAAUACCACCCAGAAUCCGUGUGCACUCGCGGAGGUGGCGACGAGGUUGUCCGUAAUUUUUGGCGAUUAGCCAAAAACUGGGCAGCCAUAACACACAGAAUAGUCCGACCUUGGGAUACCAGUAUCGAAGACAUUGUGGGGCCUGCAUGGCCUAGUCUGCAGUUUCUUUCAACAUCUAGCAUUCAGUGUUCCCGAAAGUCUGUCGUGGCUACGCGUGUGUUGGAGCUCCCCGGAUUGGAGGUGACCGAAAUGUGCGAGAUCUUGGGUGUGGCCGACGAGUGUACCGACUUUGUCCUUUUGGACUCUGCUGCGAAACCUGGACGCUUCUCUAUCAUUGGCUGCCUUGAUACAUCCUCACCAUUAAUAUCAUAUUGGGUUGGCCAACCUCACGUCCAUGUACGCAAGCAUCUCCAGAUCACCGUCGAGGAGCUCGGUGAUCAGGAUAUCUGGUCUUGGCUCGCUAAAUUCAUGCAUGCCAGGAAGGCACAAGGUGGAGUCAAGGACAUUCCUUUCUGGGGUGGCCUCGCAGGCUUCCUCAGCUAUGAACUUGGCGUUCAAUGCCUCUCUCCCCUUGUUCGAGCUGAACCUAGGCUCCACCCCGAUGUCAACCUAGCUUUUGUUGAGCGGAGCAUUAUCGUCGACUCUGUAUCCGCGAAGGUGUACGUACAAUCGCUGAGGCAGGACGACGAUGUAUGGUUCGACGAUGUAGCUUUACGGCUCAAGCGAGGGAUGCGCGUACCGGAAGAUGAGGUUCCUUCCUCUCCGCCGAAACGACGGAGAAAGAGCACCACCACCUCGCCAACCGUGGUGACCCUUCCCGAUAGGGAGCUCUACAUUUCUCGAAUCAAGGAAGCCAAAGACUACCUGUUUUCCGGUGACUCAUAUGAACUCUGCCUAACUGCGCCUACCCGCAUCUCAGUUCCCAAAGCGGCUCCUGCUACGUCGAGGAAUACUUCAUCCUCGUGGGAUUUAUAUAAGACCGUGCGCGACCGUAAUCCAGCUCCCCAUUCGGCAUAUUUACGUCUUCACCCAUCUACACUCGUGUCGUCCUCCCCGGAGCGUUUUUUGUCGUUCUCGAGGCCCCCACGCACACAUUGUCAGCUACGGCCCAUCAAGGGUACUGUACGCAAGGCACCUGGUGUCACACGUGCCAUUGCCGAGGAAGCCCUUGCCGGCAGUGCCAAGGAGGUUGCGGAGAAUUUGAUGAUUGUUGACCUCAUACGCCACGAUCUGCAUGGAGUUGUGGGUGCAGAUGUCGAUGUGAAACAGUUUUGCCAAGUGGAGGAGUACGAGACGGUUUGGCAGCUGGUGAGCGUCAUCGAGGGCAAGGUUUCCAACGAGGCAGAUCUUCAUUCCGAUAUUAAUAUGGGAUGGGAAGUGCUGCGCAGAAGUCUACCCCCUGGCAGUAUGACGGGUGCACCGAAGAAGCGCAGCGUUGAAAUCCUGCGCAGACUGGAAAGUUGCGAGCGCGGCAUUUAUUCUGGUGUCUUUGGCUACUGGUGUGUUGGUGGAGGUGGGGACUGGUCCGUCACCAUUCGCAGUUGUUUCAAAUACGACUCUCCGCAUGGUCCACAAGAUCAUCCGACACCCAAGGCAGAUGAUACAGAUUCCCGGGUCGAGUCUACGAGCGAUGAAUGGGUUCUUGGUGCUGGUGGGGCCAUCACUGCGCUGUCCGAUCCUGAGGCAGAGUGGGAGGAGAUGAUUGUCAAGGUUGAAAGCGUUAUGAGGGCUUUCGGCGACGUUCGGUUCUCGGAAGCCGUCGUUGGUUCAACGUGA